UUGUUUUUGUUUUUUGUUUCGGUUCCUGCCGGCCGGGCGAAAACUCCUUUGCCAGGAAGACAGCGCCCUCUUUCUCCUCCGGCCGCGCCGCCGCCGGCCUGCGCCGGCUCUCCGCUCCACUGACCUCCCCGCGCCUCCUUGUGGUCCCCGCCCUUAGGCCCCGGCCCCUCUUUCCUCAUGCCCCAACGCCUGUGGGCCCCACGCACCGCCCGAGGGAACAACCCCAGAGAGCAGCGAGCAAGGGCCGAAGCCUGCCCGCGUCCCGGCCCUCAGGCCAGCCCGGCGCGAUAGCGCGACCUCUGGCUACAAGCCUGGGCUGAGUCGGCCCCGCGCAGACGCGGCACCCGAGAGCUCCCGCGCAGCCCGGGAAGGGAGUUUCUGGUGCAGGCGGCGGGGCGACGAGUGAGGCCCAGCUCUCCGAGACCCCGCGCUGCGGGCCAGCGGAAAGGGCUGCGAGCAUACCGGGCGGUGAAGCCUCCCCCGGCGUCCACGCGCGGAUACUUGGUUGCGCUCGCGCACCUGGCACAGCGUGUUAUACUGAGGCCCAGGAUCAGUCCGCGAAACGUGGACCCGGGUCUGCACCCGGGUGUUGGGUGAGGGUGGCGGGUGAACUUGAGUAGAGGUAAGGAAACAUCUUACGGCCUUCUUCCAAGUCCUAAAAGCGUCCCUCGCAGCCCUCCUGUUUGCUGGCAGCCUCACCCUGCUGGCUUCCAGGAGGGCUUUGUCAAGCACUGCCGCGGUGUUGGAAACCUUGUUUCAAAGUCCAAGCCUAAGCGAGUGGGCGAGACGCGCAGAGGAGCAUGGGUGAGUGGGCACCUUCCCAGCACCCUCUACCCAAUGUCUCUUUUCCCACUGCUCAGAGGACUGGUCAUUCAGACAAACGCCGCGCGGCCCUUUUGGGAACAGAGGCGGUCGAGCUUCUGUCCGCGAAAAUCUGGAUCCUUUAGAACCCGAACAAUAUGCUUGCGUGAGAACGCAAAAAGAGAUCCACGGCGUGGGUAUGCACCGACUGAGGUACAGGCCUGAAGUGCUCCCCCCCCCCCCCGAAUUCCUACCCGCUCCUGGGUGCCACAGGGGUAGUUUGCUUCCAGCUGACCCUACUGCACAGCACAGGCGGCUCCCAGAAAUGCACUAAUUGAGUCACAGACCACUGGCCCCAACUAACAAAGCGAUCCAUCUCAGCAGCUCAGCGCCCAAUUUGUCCGCAGCGCUUUCUUCCGCAAUUCAGAAGCAUUAUCUUGUUUUAAAAAGUAUCACGGCAGAGACGUGGCAAUUAUCCUGAGCUCGGGUUACACUAAAAGGCUUAGGCUGAGAAAUGGAAGAAUACAAAUGCCGCGAGCAUGCUGAUUGCCUGGCUGCCGAGCCUGGACCGGGAGUAGGGGAGGCGAACUAGAGCUUUCGGCCGGGGAGAAGGGAGGCAGGCGCAAGUUCCCACUUGUGGUCCUCUCCGGGUGGCACCAGCGAGAAAGGAGUGUUGGCCCUUUAUCUCUAAAUAAGGAUUCCCAGCGACGAAUCCCCAAAGGUCGAGGGAGAAGAGGUCAAAUCCCAACAGGACCAGGCCAAGCUUCUGGUCUCAGGGUCUGGGUUUUGGGUCAGGAACAGGUUGGGAACUUCAGGCACUGCUGGGAUAAGGAACAGGAGAAAGGUCAAGGGUUAGUGAAUGAGAUGGGGGCGGGGGGGGGGGGGGGCGGGACGGAGAUUCCAGUCUCUCUUCAGGACACACACUCUACAAUUGGGCAAUUGAGGAGGAGGAAGGCAUCGGGAGAAACGACCCGAAGGAAAGAGAAGCUGGCUCUUUGCAAUGGGAGAAGGCGUUCACUCCUGAACCAGGGGCAGGCCUGCGGCUCGGUGGACGCUGUAGGGUGGGAACGCUCGAUAACUGGAGAGUCCCAGAGACCACCAGGCCUUUCCGCACCAGGAAAAAAAAAAAAAAUCUGCUCUAAGAAUCUUCAUCUCGGUCCACCAGGAACAGCAAGUGGAUGGGAAAGAACCUUGACAACACAAAACUCAUUUACUAAUGGACUGGUUUUGGGUUUCUCUUCUCUGAGUCCGCACAUCUCUCUGCCUGAGCCCCAGGCCUAUUCAGACCUCGUGGGGAGCGGUGUCCCCCAGGAGCAGGUGGGCUGCUGCUCCGGCGCCAUGCCGGCCGUCAGAGUCGGAGUUCCCAAGGGUGGAGGGCACCCGGAGUUUCCGACUAAGCACAGGAAAAAUAAUUUUGGCACUUCAGCCCGGAUUUGGGGAGUCUCCGCACUGCCCCAGAGCGAUGACACGAAUUUAUUGAAGAAACACCUCUCUGUGCCCUCCCUUUCCAAAUAUUUGUAGGUAGAGUAGGAUCCUCACCGUCGUUCUGGAUGGUGAAAGAAUUCCAACAAAGCUGUCCGGGAGCCCCAAAGUAUCUUGCUCCAAGCCAGAAGGGAAACAAGUGGGUCCCAGCUAAGGGUGUUUGCAUCAAGGCCUAUGUGAACCCAGCUGAGAAACCCUAGCAACUGCUAAUGCUAUCCCAUUGAAUGCUUUUUUGUCGACUAAUUAUGCGCACGCGGCCGUUACCUGCACAGAGGAGGCACUGGAGAGCCGAAACCUAGCAUCGGGCGCUCCUUGCCAGCGGUGUUCUCUCCUGAGCCGCACUGCGGCGAGGGCAGCAGCCGCUGGCUAGAGUUGCUCGUUUCCUUUAAAUCUCCAACGCAUCUCUGCUUUUCGUGCGAUUUGCAUUGACAGCAAAGGUUUUAUGUUACCAGAACAACUCAAACCUUUCUGCGUGCGAUUUUAAAUGGAUCAUUUGGUUUAGGUGGUUUGUAAAUUCAUGUCAUUUUAUCUCUUUUAGUGAUUUUCAGUAAAAGAUUCCAUUUUGGGAAACCUUAUAUAUCCGAGCCAAUAAUUAACAUUUAUAACAAUUGGUUCCCCUAACCGAGGGAUCGAAAUAGCAGGUAGACUCCUUGGUAUAAAGCGCAGAGCACUUUCCAUUUCCAGUUACUCGAUCUAUUGGAUUAAGCGGGAG